AUGAGUAAUGAUUGUAAUGCAAAAUGUCAACAAUUGACUCCUCAAGAUAUUCUUAAUCAGUUAUCUGAAAAAUGGAAUGUUUCAAUCACAAGUGAGGAAUUCGCUCGUAAACUCGAUGAAAAUGAUUCAUUGCGAAGUCUACGAGAUGAAUUUUACGUGCCAAAAGUUGGUGGUCUACCCAAAGUCGAUAAAUCACGUACAGAUUCUCAGAGUGACAGCAUCUAUUUAUGUGGACAUUCAUUAGGUUUACAACCAAAACGAGUACAAAAAUUAAUUGAUAUUUGGCUAAAAGAUUGGGCUAAUUUAGGAGUCUAUGGUCAUGUUCACGGUACGAAUCCAUUUGCCAAUUGUGACUAUCCAUGUAUUCCAACAUUGAAGACACUUCUUGGUGCUGAAGAUAAUGAAGUAGGCAUAAUGAAUCAACUGACGACUAAUAUUCAUUUUAUGAUGGUUUCAUUCUAUCGGCCGACAUCUCAACGUUUUAAAAUUCUCUAUGAAGAACGAGCAUUUCCUAGUGAUGAAUAUGCUUUUCGAUCACAAAUUCAAUUUCAUGGAUAUAGUCCAGAACAAGCACUACUGAAAAUAAAACCACGAGAAAAAGAAGAUUGUAUUAGAACAGAAGAUAUUCUUGAAUUACUUAAACAACAAGGUCAAUCUGUUGCUCUUGUUUUUCUUAGUGGUGUACAAUAUUAUACCGGACAAUUAUUUGAUAUUGAAACGAUUACUCGGGCUGCUCAACAAUAUGGAUGUAUUGUUGGAUGGGAUUUAGCACAUGCUGUUGGCAAUGUUCCAUUGAAAUUACACGAUUGGAAUGUUGAUUUUGCUGUUUUUUGUUCGUAUAAAUAUUUAAAUUCAGGUGCUGGAUGUAUUGGUGGUAUAUUUGUUCAUUCUAAUCAGUUUGAUAAAGAAUAUCCACAUUUUGAUGGUUGGUGGGGUAAUCGAGAUGAAACACGAUUUCAAAUGAAUACAGAAAUUGAACGAGGUCUUGGAGCAAAUGGAUUUCGAAUUAGUAAUCCAUCUAUUCAUCAGUGUGCAACAUUAGCAGCAAAACCAUCAAAUUAUUUUAAAAUACAUGUUUUAACACCAAAUGAUCCUGAGCAAAGAGGUGCACAAUUGUCAUUUCGUAUUAUUGGUGUUGAUGCUCGACAAUUAUUUAAUGAACUUGAACGAUCAGGUGUUUGUUUAGACGUUCGUGGUGAUGUUAUCCGUGUUGCACCCAUACCUCUUUAUAAUUCAUUUAUGGAUGUCUAUCGAUUUGUAUCGCUUUUAAAAAUAAUCAAAGUUUAA